AGAAAAGAUGUGGACAGUAGAGGGUUAGUGUAAAAUUAAAGUUGAAAUCGAAAAAUAAAGUUUAAUUUUAGCUGAAAAAUCCUCUUUUCCGUUUUUAUUUUAAUUGGAUAAUUCUCUAUGCCUGAAAAUAUUUUCAUCGAAAAGUUCCAGUAAAAUUAAAUUUUGAGAAAGUAAUCACAGUGAAAAACUGAAAGAAACCUGAAAGUUGAAAAGAUGCACCCCAAAAUAGACACAGUUAACCAUCUGCAAUCGCCAGCACCAACUACAACAGAACAGUGUAACGGUUGAAAAGCUCACGUGAAUGGAUUGAACACCAACAAAAAAACACGGUGAACAAUCAUCACAGCCACCACCGUCAUCGUCAUUCCAGCUUAGCUAGGCAAUCAUGGAAUGCGACGUGAUUUGCCUGGACUCGGACGAGGAAAGUGAAAAUGGUUCUGUCCCGAAGGCAUACCGGAGCUUAUACCGACCGAUACAGGCCACCAGCAGCAUUCCCACCGGUGGCGAAGCCGGAGCAAUCGAGGAGCAGCUUUUGCGUCCCCUUCAAGCGCUCUCGCUAAAGCUGUACUUUGAGAGCGAUUUGGGCGCCACUUGGCCGGCACCGUCAAAUCGGGUGGCGGCGGACGGGGCGAGCCGUCGUAUGGCCGUGGUCCGUCGGGUGGCCGAGCUGGUUCGCCGUUUUGGCCGGCGAAAGUUCAGCAACAGCGUUCAGGACGUCGCCCGGCAACGGGAUGCCUGGAAACAGGUCCUGAAGUUUCUGUUUCUACUCCAGGCCAUCGGACCCGGAUCGAUGAUUUACGGGGCCACUGCCGGCGGACGGAGCGCUUUCACGAGGAAUUUUCAAUGCCAUCAAGAGCAAAUUCCACCAGAAACCCGGAGAUAUCGGCUGACAGUGAUGGAUGUGCUGGUUGAUUACAUCCGGUACAAGUGUCACCUGCUGGCCGGAGAGCGCAAUCCGGCGGUUCUGUUGGCCGAAUGCAACCAGCUCGUGAGCAGCUUGUACAUCAUUUUCGACGGUGACGCCGAGUUUGUCACACUGACGUUGCUCAAGAUGGAUCCCGUGGCCGGGGGUGGUGCCGUGGCCCUAAUGUAUCCGGUGUUUGAGCAAAUCCUGACAAGACGGCCACCUUCCACUGGACCUGGCCCAGGUCCAAAGGUGGUGGCCACCAGCAUCAUGGACUACGUGCGACUGUUGCUUUGCUAUAAAAAAUGGAAGGCGAUGGUUCCGGCUCGGCGUGAUAAGGAAGCCAUCAACGCGUUAGCCAUCAAGAUACUUCCGGUUCGGUGCCCGCCGGUCCGGACCAAGCAGGACCUGCCGUUCGUGAGGAUGCUGCCCCGGUUGAGCAGCACGGCAGCGAAAGGGCACGCCGAUGAAACCAGAUUUCUGCUGGCGAAGGAUUUGAUGGAAAUCGAGCAACUUUGCGCCAUCUUCUUCCGUGAAUACGAGAAAAGGUUUCAGCUUCAGCAACCGCAACCAAAACUGUCCACGCUGGAAAUCAAGAGCAAUUACAUCAACAUCGACGCACUGGCCGAUUUCAUCCAGCGCAAAUGCAAUCUGCUGCUGCAGCAACGUGCCACAGUGGGGGACAAUCCGGCCAACGCCGGUCCGAGUCGUGCCCAGCUCCAGCACGAAUCGAACGCCAUCAUCAGCAGUCUGCGAUUGAUAUUCCGGCGCGAUGAGGAAUUCAUAGCGUUGACCUUGCUGAGGGUGGAAACGUGCCCGGACUGUGAAGCCAUUUUGGGACCGGUUUACGAGCGUUUCCUGGGCGCAAAUGACCGCGCUGGUGACACCAGGAGCCACCCUCCGACCAACGUGGAAUGCUACGGCCGGCUGCUGUUGUGCUACGUCCGCUGGAAGCAAUUGUAUCGGCCCGGGGACCCCGCCGGCCAUUGGGACCGAAUCGAUGGGAUUGCCCUGUCGACGCUCCCGUACGAUUUUCCCCGGGCUAUUAAGCGCAGGGAGUUGGCACUGAAGGCAUUGUUUCCGCGGGUGGCCAGUAAUGGGGGUAGCUUCAUUAAUGCCCGGGGGAGCUCGAGUGGACAACCGACAGGUGCCGCGAAAGCUAGCGUUACGAGAGCCCUGCUGAACUCCAGGCACGUCCGGGACAACAUCCAGGAACUAUGUUUGCGCUUUUUGGCCAUUUGCAGCGACGAACGAAUCAACCGAGGAAACCCGGAGCCGAUACCCACCUCACCGAGGAUUCCCAGCGAAGACAAAGACGCGGACGACGUGGAAAUCAUUAAAACGGAAUCCACCUCAAUCAUCGUCCUGGACAGCGAAGACGACGACGUCGAAUCGACUCCACCCGGAACUGGUACUGGUACAGAGUGCUCCAAAAUGCCAAUCAUGAACGGUGCUUCAACAUUCGAGAAGGAAACGCCGAAUUAUCUCGAUAGUUUGUAUGAUAAUUGCUUUGAAACCACUUCGAUUGUAUGCAGUCCGCCCACCUCGCUGAUGGAAACCGUCUUCAACACUCCUCCUCCGACGCCCACCGACGAUGACACCGGCUCCCUGGAGCCGCAAACUCCUCCCGAGAUCGUUGGGAAGACGCGCACGAAAAAGUUGUUUCCCCAGGGUGUCAGUUUGAAAAUUUCGAAAAACUUGCGCCUGUACGGUGACCGGGCGAGACGAAACUUUAUGACAGCCUUCAGAAAGUUGAGCUCCGCCAAGCGGUUCCACGUUAGGUUACGAACGGACCGGGAGGAUUACUACCUGCGGAAGCACGUGUCCAACCAGACUGUGUUUGUGGAAAUAUUUUGCGGCCAUGGGGACAUUCUGUCUGGUUUGUCGGUGCAAUUGCCUCACCGGUCAUCGACGCCGGAUGCUGAACAGACAGCAUUGCCGUUGGCGGGCGGUGAGUCCUUUCAUGGUUCGCCCUACGCCAACCUGGAGGGACCAAUCCUGCAGGAUAGUCCUCCAAACGUCAACCUCUUCCGCAAGUCACGAUCCACUACGGAUGAUCAGCUGAUGAGUUUGUUGUCCGGAAUCGAGGACUUUCCGGCGCAUUCACCGGCAUCGCUGGAUUUCGCGCUUUUGGGAGAGCACGAAAAUCGUUCCUCGCUGGAUUUGCUCGCCAACGACCAUGCGCCUCCGUCGUCGGUGCUGGGUGGUGGAGCGUCCGGCGUGCUUUGGCAGGGGGACAUUUUCUCAGUCAUUUCAAGCGGUUGUGAUUUUAACCCGUGGCUGGAUUAUGACUUUGGCGUUCCGCUGCAGGCGUUGCCAGCUGCUUCUUCGGUGGCCCCGGUUUAGAGCAGACUGCAGAGAGGCAAAACGUAACAUUUUGACGUGAUCGUGAUAUCUUGUCGUGUGUUCUUUUGACAUUCAGAGAGAAGCACGUUUUACUGUUUGAUCUUGAAUAAACAAAAA